AUGGCAGCCAAUCUGGACGACUACUCCUCCUCCUCCUCCCCCUCUUACUCUUCCUCCUACUUCUCCUCCCCCUCCUCUUCCUCCUCCUCCUCCUCUUACUCUUCCUCCUACUUCUCCUACCCCUCCUCUUCCUCCUCCUCCUCCUCUUACUCUUCCUCCUACUUCUCCUACCCCUCCUCUUCCUCCUCCUCCUCCUCUUACUCUUCCUCCUACUUCUCCUACCCCUCCUCUUCCUCCUACUCUUCCUCCUACUUCUCCUCCCCCUCCUCUUCCUCCUCCUCCUCCUCCUCCUGGAUGAACACUCGAGCUAACCGAGACCCCAGACCGAGAAGUCCGGCUGCCCCGACGCUCCUCGACUCCAAACGUUCAUCUGCACACCAGCGAGACGUCCUGAACUCUGUGAACCCCCCAACAGGUCGCUUCCUGUUUCUCUACACAGGCCUGCAGAGCGAGUUCACGUAUGUGCAGUCACUGAUAAUAGAUGGAAAUGAGGAGGUUCUGAAGGAAAUGGUCCGGUGGAAGCCCAGCAGUCUGACGAAGCCCAACGAUGAAGGCUGGAUCGCUCUGCAUGAAGCUGCUUAUUACGGACAGCCCAGGUGUAUCUCGCUCCUCCUCACAGUGAACAAAUGCACUUUGAAGAAUCAGACUGCUCUGCUGCUGGCUGCCAGUCAAGGACACGUUUCCUGCGUCGACUUACUCCUGAAGCGCGGAGGCGACCCGAACAUCGCCAACAAGGAGAAAGAGACGCCGCUGUUCGCAGCCUGCGAGCAGCCGAACGAAGCCGUGGUGAAGCUGCUGCUGAGGGCCGGAGCCAAGGUGAAUCUGUGCAGCGUUCAGGGAGUCAGUCCUCUGCACGAAGCCUGCAGACACGGACAGCUGGACAUCUGCAGGACGCUACUGAAGGCCGGAGCCGACCACCACGCCAAGAACAUCUACGGCAUCCGGCCGCUCUUCAUCGCUGCUCAGCACGGACACACCGCCGUCCUGCAGCUGCUCGCUAGCAGAGGUGCUGAUGUGAAUGGACAGGCAGGAGACGGAGCCUCGCCCCUUCUUGAAGCCUGUAAGAAUGGACACGUCGAGGCGGUGAAGACGCUGCUGUCUCUGAAAGCGGACGCCAACCUGUCCAUGAAGUCCGGCCUUCUGCCUCUUCAUGCGGCUGUUCAGAACAAUCACUCACGGAUUGUGGAGAUCCUGAUCCCGAUCACCAACCGGGUCAGUGUUCAGAACAGCGGCAUCAGUCCUCUGCACAUCGCCGCCAAGACGAACAACGACGACAUCCUGGAGCUACUGAUCGCGUCGGGCUUCGACGUCAACACCAAACUUUCAGAGGACCAGUCUCUGAUGUACGAGGACCGGCGCAGCACGGCGCUCUACUUCUCCGUCUACAACGGGAACAUGGAGGGCGCCGAGAUGCUGCUGGAGGCCGGAGCCGACCCCAACCUGGACGUGUUCAACCCGUUGCUCAUCGCCGUCCGGCUCUGCAACAUGGACAUGGCGGCGCUGCUGCUGGAGCACGGCGCCGACGUCAACGCUCAGAUCUUCACCCGGCCGUCCUCGUUCCCGGCAGCCAUCCUGCUCAGAAUGGAGUCUCUGCCGAUGCUCAAACUGCUGCUGGACAACGGCUGCCACGCCGCGUCCUGCUUCACCUGUCCCUACGGCCCUCAACCACACCCGCCCGUCACGCCCUCAAAGAGCCGCAUCGAUGAGAUGAAAGUCAGCAGAGAGGCGCCGCCACGGCCGCGCCUUCAGUUCUGCGAGGUGGUCUCCAGCCCGACCUUCUGCCGCGUGGCCGGGCCCAUCGUCUCUCUGCUGCUCGACUACGUCGGCCAUGUUGCUCUCUGCUGGAGGCUGCUGGAGGUCCUGGACAGCCGCAGCGACUGGGCGCCAAUCAAACUGAAAGCUGCUCCUCCUCGUCCUCUGAUGCAGCUCUGCAGGUUGAAGAUCAGACGUCUGCUCGGAGUCCAGAGACUCAAACUGCUUCACACUCUGCCACUUCCUGUCAGACUCACCUGCUACCUGCAGUAUGACGUCACCUGCUCACUCACCUGAAGACACCUGAGCUCACCUGAACUCACCUGAACUCACCUGAACUCACCUGAAGACACCUGAACACACCUGAACUCACCUGAACACACCUGAACUCACCUGAACUCACCUGAACACACCUGAAGACACCUGAACACACCUGAACUCACCUGAACACACCUGAACACACCUGAACUCACCCUAACACACCUGAACUCAAAACAAUAAAAACAUUAGAGUUCAUCGUUUCA